AUGUCAAAAACUAGCGCGUCAAAAACUAAUGAAUCUAGGACUAAAACGCCAGACCCCAAAUUAAUGAUGUUAUUAAAUAUAGUUAUAGCUAGGCGCGAUUCUUUAUUUAACCGCUUACAAACAAUUUAUGAUCGCUCUCAACAAGUAGAUAGUGAGGUGGACAGGGAAGAGUUCCUUUCUGGAGCGAUUUCGAUUGAUGCAUUACGAAGUGAUUUCGAAAGGGUAUUAACCGAGUACAAUUUAUAUAAUAUGCAAGUCUACCCAGAAGCAAAGGUGGAAUAUCAGUCAUGGGUUGCGUUCGAGGAACUAUACUGUCAUAUAAAACAUGUAAUGUCUCGUCUUACAAGUCGAAUAACAAAUGAAUGUCCGAGAUCGGUCACAAUAUCGCGACCGUCUUUACCGCCUAUAGAGCUAGCGUCGUUUGAUGGUGAUAUCCGCUCAUGGUCUUUAUUUUAUACAAGUUUUAAAUCCACUGUGCAUGAUAACCCGUCCCUAUCAGACGCCGAUAAAUUGUAUUACCUGCUAGGUAAAUUAACAAUCAAAACGCAUUCUGUGUUCGCCGGUAUUACUCCUUGUGCUGAGAAUUAUGAACUUAUUUUGAACGCGCUUAUAGAGAAGUACGAUGAUAAACGCAUGCUAGCAUCGACCUAUAUCAAUCAAAUUUUUGACUUUAAACCAGUUUCUAACUCUUCUGCUCGAAACCUAGAAUUAUUUUUACAUACGUUCGUAACCGCGGUUAGCGCAUUAAAAAACUUACAAAUACCUGACCUAACUGAUUUUAUUAUAUUACAUACCGCCUUAAAAAAGUUGGACCCCGAAACAGUUCGUUCUUUUGAAAUGCAUUCUCGAAAGGAUAAAAUUCCUAAUUUUAAAAGUUUAACCGACUAUGUAAAGGAACAAGUUAAUAUAUUACAGCGCUCUUAUCAUUCGAGUUUGACCUCGAAUUCGAACCCGAAUCACCGACCCACCGCAAAAGUUCCACAACCGCAAUCUUAUGUCGCUAUGGCCGAUACAUACAAAUGUUUGUGCAGGGAUAUUGUGCAUGAUCAUUUAUACAAGUGUCCGGCGUUUUGUAAAAUGACAGCGAACGACCGUUAUAAAUAUGCUAAGGAACGACACGCUUGCGUAAAUUGUUUGAGUGUUAUACAUAAGGCAGGGACUUGUAACUCUAACUCUAAAUGUAAAAUUUGCAAAGGCAAACAUCAUAGUCUACUUCACUUUGACGCUUUCAAACCUGCUAACGCUCGCGUUGUGACCACCGCCGCUGCGUCAUCGGGUACAACGCGCGCGAUCGUACCGACAACAGCUGCUCCCGCGUCAUCGCCCGAUGUGCGUAGCAAGAGCGUUUCGUUGUGCACAACGUCCAUUGCCGCACCGCUAUCAACGCAAUCUUGCGUAUCCGAAGAUUUAUUUACACGCAAUGUAUACACUACGGUUCUGCUAUCUAUUGCAGCGGUUAUGGUACCCGACGCGUAUGGCACGAGCCGUAGUGUGCGUUGCUUAUUAGAUAGUGCAUCACAGAGCAAUUUUAUAACGUCGGAAUGUUGUGAUAGAUUAGGUUUAUUAGUAAAUAAAGACAACAUAAAGGUAAAGGGUAUAGGGGGUUCAGAAAAAUACGCAAAGGGAGUUGUAGCAUUCCAGUUCACUUCUCGUUUUAACCCUAACAUAAGAUAUAAUAUUUCGUCGCUCGUCGUCGAUAGAAUAACAUAUGACUUACCGUCUAUGCCUGUCAACGCAUCCGCUAUGCCUUUCUUACAAGAUUUGCCGUUGGCCGAUGAAAAAUUCUUUGAGCCAUCACAGAUCGAUGUUUUGAUCGGUGCUUCUUUAUUUUCGCAACUUUUAUUGCCCGGUAUAGUAAGGGAUAACUCUGCUGUACCGCCAGCUAUACAAACAACGCUUGGUUACGUAAUUAUGGGCACUGUGCCCGCUCUUCCCGCUCGCGAAAACGUAACCUUGACGUGUUGUAGUACAUUACCCGCACACGCCGAGGAAGACCCGCUAGAUACGUUGGUAAAACGGUUUUGUCAAAUAGAUGAAUCUCCUUUGAGAACUCCGCCCACUCAGUCCCCGGCUGAGAUAGAGUGUGAGCAUUUCUUUCGCGAAACCACUGAACGUGACAAAGAAACGGGCAGAUACAUAGUAUCGUUGCCUUUCCGAGAUGAUAUAUUUUCGCUUGGUGAUACUUAUGAAACCGCUCGGAAACGUUUUCUGAUGUUGGAGAGGAAGUUUGAAGCCGCUCCUGAGUUUAAGGCCGCAUAUGACUCAGUUAUCCACGAAUAUUUAGAAAAGGGCUAUCUGUCACCCGCGCCGCUUGUUGACAGUGAUAACUGCUAUCCCGUUUACGUCAUACCACACCACGGUGUUUUUCGUACAGAUAAGACCACUACUAAACUUCGCAUGGUUCUCGACGCGAGUCAUAAAUCGAGUUCAGGCCGCUCACUGAACGAUAUUCUCCAUAGUGGUCCCAAUUUACAAGGUGAUCUGUUUGCAAUUAUUUUAAAUUUUCGUCUUUUCGCUACCGCGCUUUCCACUGACUGUAAACAGAUGUUCCUUCAAAUUAUAAUGAAUAAGCGCGAUCGUCGCUUUCAACGCAUGUUAUAUCGUUUUCACCCGCAAGAAGAACUUACCGAAUAUGAAUUUAAUAGGGUUUGUUUUGGACUUAGGUCCAGCCCGUAUCACGCGCUCCGUGUCAUUCAGCAACUCAUUGCGGAUGAUGGAGAUUCAUUUCGGCUAGCAAAGAUAAUUGCUUCUCGCUAUAUCUAUAUGGACGAUAUCGUUUUUAGUGUUAUGUCGGAGGAAGAAGCUGCAUCAGCUGCUAAUGAGCUGAUUGAGUUAUUUAAACGUGCGCAGUUCGAUUUAGUAAAAUGGACAUGUAAUUCCGACUCGGUCUUAAGCGCUCUGCCUUCGUCAUAUAAGAUGUCUGAACCUCUUGAAUUUGAUAAAACCGCUCAAUUUAAAAUUUUGGGCUUGAGUUGGGAUAAAUCUCGCGAUUGUUUUGAAUUUAAAGUAACCAAGCUUGACGAAAGGUGUUCAAAACGAAUCAUUUUAGCCACUGUAGCUAGAAUUUGGGACAUAAUGGGCUUCGUAGCGCCUGUCGUUCUCUUCGCUAAACUUCUCAUAAAGGAUUUGUGGCUAUUGAAACUUGAUUGGGACGAUUGUCCGCCCCAGCAAAUAGUCGAAACCUGGAAAAGGUUUUGUAUAGAGUUACCGCUACUCAAUGACGUCAAAAUACCGCGACAUUUGGGGGUCUUCGAACAUUGCGUUGUACGACUGGUCGGCUUUUCUGAUGCUAGUGAGCGUGCUUAUGGAGCAGUGGUAUACGCCCAUAUUACUCAAGUAAGCCAGGUUACGACGCGACUCGUCUGCGCCAAGUCAAAGGUCUCACCAAUGAAGCCUUUGUCUAUUGCACGUCUCGAACUCUGUGCUGCCGAAUUACUGGUAAGACUAAUUAAACGCGUGCAUGACACCUACGAUUCACGCUAUCAUAUUAGUGAUAUGUACGCGUUCACAGACUCAAUGGUCACACUUUGUUGGAUAAACUCUUCUCCGCACCGCUGGCAAUCUUUUGUCGCUAACCGCGUCGUCAAGAUUAUUGACAAUUUACCAGCCGCUAAUUUUCAUCACGUUGCGGGAAUAGAUAAUCCAGCUGAUUGUUUAUCGAGAGGUCUUACACCCGAAAGGCUAAUAUCUCAUCCAUUAUGGUCACAAGGUCCGCCCUGGCUCACGCAAGACCUCUCACUGUGGCCUAUCACUAAUACAGACCAUAAUACUAUAGCGCUAGACAACGUACCGGAAGAGAAAAUAACCGCACACCCAAUUACUACGUCAGAACCAGAAACGUCCUUAGUUCAAGAUCUUAAUAAACGCAUCUCCUCCUGGAGUAGACACACGCGUAUCCUUGUUUAUGUCUGCAGAUUUAUAAAUAAACUACCCCGUUCCGGUUCGAUAGCAGUUACCGCGUUCGAUAUUCGAAGCGCCGCAGAGCAUAUGAUAAUAGGCGAUAUUCAAAAAAGACAUUUUGCAUUCGACAUUAGACAGCUGGGAGCCGGUAGUAAUUGCUCGCCCGCGCUAAUGAAGCUUAAGCCAUUUUUAUGCGAUGGCCUCAUCCACGUUGAUGGCCGCCUUACCAACUCCGCUGAAAGUUCAGAAUACAAAUUUCCGAUUAUUUUACCGCGUCAUGACGCUCUUGUAGAGUCUUUGAUCGACUACUAUCACAAGAAAUAUUUACAUGCCGGCCCAGAGCUGCUCAUGUCUUUGUUAAGACAACGAUUUUGGAUCUUGUCCGCUAGACGAAUUAUUCGGUCUAGAAUUAAUAAGUGUAACACUUGCUUUAAAUUAAAACCGCGCCCGCGAUUUCCUUUAAUGUCUGCUCUGCCGGGACAUAGAGUCACGCAAGCGGAGAAAGCUUUCGCUCAUACUGGCUGUGAUUAUUGCGGCCCUAUAUUGUAUACGCCCAUACGAGCUCGAGGUGUUAAAACUCGCAAGGCUUACCUAUGCAUAUUUACUUGUCUUACUACGCGCGCACUCCACAUCGAAGUAGCCACGGAUCUUUCUACUGUGAGUUUUAUCGCAGCUUUAAAGCGCUUCCUGUCGCGACGGGGUCCCGUGAAAUGUCUUUACUCUGAUCGUGGAACAAAUUUUAUAGGCACUCGAUCUUAUCUACGAGAUUUAUAUAAUUUUGUCACAAAGGAAUACCGCCCGCGUUUAGAAGAAGAAUUGGCCGAAAGUCGCAUUGAAUUCAAGUUCAUAGCGCCUGCCGCCCUACAUUUCGGUGGUUGUUGGGAGAGUAUGGUGAAAUGUGUAAAGAACCAUCUUUUUAAGGUUAUUGGACAGCAGAUCCUUGCGUAUGAGGAGUUAAUCACAAUCCUCGCUCAAAUAGAAUGUUUACUAAACUCUCGCCCUCUCACUGUGCUUAGCUCCGAUCCAGCUGAACCGACGGCUUUAACACCCGCACACUUUUUGAAUACGUUACCAUUGCGCUCUAUACCUGCACCUGAUGUGGAAUCUUCGCCAAUUAAUUUACUUCAACGACAUACACUCUUAGAUAAAUUAGUCCAAUCGUUUUGGCGUCGUUGGAGAACUGAAUAUCUGCAUCAACUGCAGACGCGGCGUAAAUGGACUCAAUGCUCGGUCCCCGUAAAGGUGGGCACAGUUGUCAUAAUUAUAAAUGAUAAUUCACCGACCCUCUCCUGGCCUUUGGGAGUGGUCGUAAAGGUUCACCCGUCUAAGGACGGUAUAGUUCGUGUCGCUACAGUAAAAACGGCAAGGGGUACACUCGUGCGACCAGUGGUGCGCUUGUGUCCGUUACCUACACAAUAA